GAAGUUCAGCUUUGAUGCAACAAAUAACAUGGAUAAGUAUGAAGCUAUGCUACUUGGUCUACAGCUAGCAUUGGAGUUGAAAAUCAGUGCAAUUCAAGUAUACAGCGACUCCCAGUUGGUGGUAAACCAAAUCAACUCAAUCUGCGAAGUUGUUGAUCUUGUGAUGGUGAAGUAUGUAGCCUUGGUGGCCGAGCUGAAGUGCAAAUUCCAGAAAUUCUGUCUAAGUAAAAUUCCCCAAGCUGAGAAUGAACAGGCUGAUUCACUCUCCAAGUUUGCCUCUGAUAGCUCUUUAAGUUCCAGAUCCGUUUUUGUGGAGGUCUUAGAUGAACCAAGCUUUAUGAAGCCACGGAUAAUGGAGAUUAACACCGACCUUGACACGCCAAGUUGGACUAAUUCAAUCAUCUCCUUUUUGCGGGAUGGAAUAGUACUUGAGGACAGGCAGGAGGCAAUGAAGUUGAGGAAGAAAGCAUCUCGGUACACACUCGUUGAUGGAGUCAUGUAUAAAAGAUCUUUCUCACUCCCUCUUCUACGGUGUUUAAACCCUUAUGAAGCCGAGUAUGCACUUCGGGAGGUACAUGAAGGUGUCUGUGGGAGUCAUGUUGGUGCUAGAACCCUAGCUCACAAAGUUUUAAGGCAAGGAUAUUACUGGCCAAACAUGUACAAAGAUGCCACUUACUUUGUUCAGAAAUGCUCGAAGUGUCAAUUCUUCGCACAUCUGACUCACCAACCAGCAGAAGAGCUCACGAACUUGGUAGCACCAUGGCCAUUUGCUCAAUGGGGACUAGAUCUUUUAGGCCCAUUUGUGAAAGGAGUUGGUGGUGUAACCCAUCUGGUUGUUGGUGUGGAUUAUUUUACAAAGUGGGUUGAAGCUCGGCCUUUAUCUAGUCUUACCUCCAAGAAGGUCGAAGAUUUUGUUUUCAGCUCGAUCAUUUGCAGAUAUGGGAUCCCGAAUCAGAUUGUGGCUGAUAAUGGAACUCAAUUCAAUUGCUCCUCAUUCCGAGAUUUCUGUUCCAGUUAUGGGAUCAAGUUACAGUUCACCUCCGUUUAUCAUCCGGAGUCCAAUGGCAUGGUUGAAUCUGUUAACAAAUGCAUUUUGGAAGGUAUAAGGCCGAGAUUGGAGCAACAUAAGGCCAAGUGGGUAGACGAGCUCAACAACGUCCUCUGGGCAUACAGAACCACGAGCCGAACUGCCACAGUAGCAAAACCGGUACGCAUACCGGUACGGUAUUGACUACUUUGAAUUUUACCCCUAAUAAAAUUCUUUCAAGUGAUCUAUGUCUUACUGUUCCUUACACUUCUCACUCCGUGUUUGUUAAGAUUCAUUUUACCUCUUAUUCUAUGUAUCUGAGGUCAAUCAGUUCAUCCAUUCCUUGAACCUCACUUUUGUUAAUAAAUGUCACUUCACAUA